AUGAACUAUUUUGUUGUGUCCAUCUGUUUUUUCCUUUGGUGUGUUGUUCAGAAUAAUUUUGUUCUGAAUGAAAAAAUUAUUCCCAUAAGUCCUGCCAACCGCUCAAAGUUAAAAAAAAUGAUAGACCGUGAUGAGGACUUUAAAAUAAAUAUACAUGCCCCGGUAGAAGAUACACUGGAAGUGUUGGAAUCUUUGGAUUCCUUGAUGAGGGUGGAAGAAAUCCAGAGAAAAGUCGACGAAGAAGAAUUCAUGGGGGACAAGCAGAGGCUCUUGAAAGUUCAUAAAAAGAGAAUUCAGGAUAUUGUUACCUUGGCAUUUGAGCCGCUCCAUGCUUUCCUGCCCAAUCCGCUACAGUACCUGAUUAUUAAAGAUGUCCACUCGUACUUAAAGAACCAAGAAUGA